AUGGGAGAGAUGCAGAACCCCUUCCCACAGCAGGUUAUCGUGGGCAUCUUGGUGCCAGCCGACCACGUGAACUGUUUUCCCAACUCGUACCAGGCGGUCCCGGCCCCCGCUUUUUACGGCAAGCCGGAGCAGUGUGUAUUUGUGCAGCCACAGAUGCAGGGGCAGAUGCAAGGCAUGCAACAACUCCAGGUCCCCGUGGUUUUCCAGCCACCGGUGCAGCCACCCGUGAUGCGGGUUUGUUGCGACAACAGUAGCCAAGGAAGUGGGCCUGUGACGCCCCGGAACAAGGUCCCGGCCACCCCAGAAACCCACUCGGAUGUGGAGAGGGAGGAUAGGGAGGCAGAGGGAGAGGAGAGGCCGAAGCUUAGCACCAGCGCCGCCCGAAGGAUGAGGCGCAAGCGCGCCGCCGAGCGAGCCGCCCUCGCGGCCGUCGAGCAGACGCGAGUAGCCUUGCCGCUUGGCGACAGGGUGCCGGUGUCAGCUGGUCGUCUCCAGAAGGUCACCAAGGCCACCUACGACUCCAUCUUGGAUCGCUGCGACAGCCUCAGGUCCAAACUGGCCAGCGGAAUCGCUGACGAAGUUCAGGAAGCACUGGCCACAAUCCAGGGUCAUGUGUGGCAGUUGGCGCAGCAUGCAACAGGAUGUCGUCUUGUCCAGCUCGGCCUCGAAGCUGACCAGCAGACUGCAGCGCUGCUGGCAAGGGAGCUGCAUGGACACGUGCAAGAGGCAGCCAUCUCACCUCAUGCGAACUACGUGAUCCAGAAAGUUGUUUCCACGUUGACGUUUGCCAACUCCAGUUUCGUGGCCAGAGAGCUCUUUGGCUCCUGCGGCCGACUUGCCCGGCAUCGCUAUGCCUGCCGAAUCUUCUGCCGACUAUUAGAGUUCUGCGGUAGCCGAGACUUGCCGCUUCAGCUCAUAGACGAGUUGCUGCUCGACGCCGAGGACUUGUGCCGCCACAACUUCGGUCACCACGUCGUGCAGUCCGUCCUUGAGCACGGCCACGAGAGGCACCGCAAGAUCGUCGCCAAAGUUCUCGGGCGGGACCUUCUCGGCUUCGCGAAGCACCGCAAUGCCAGCUACCUGGUGGAAAAGGCGAUGUGGUACUGCGCGCCCGAGGACCAAGCAUUCUUGCUCAAACAGCUGGCGCGCACCGACGUGAUCGUUGACCUGGCAAGGUCCCAGUUUGGGUGCUAUGUCGCGAAGUCACUCCUGCAUGACGACCGGGUGGAUGCACGGGAAGCGAUGUCCAGGAUUCAGGCCUCCUCGAUCGACCUCCAGAGGUCGCGUCACGGGCACCGUUUGUUGGUUGAGAUGGGCUUGGCAGACGACCCCACUUGUUGA